AGAUGAAGACAAGGUAGAAAUCAAAACAAGUGGAGUUAAUUAAGAUAAUCAUGUGCUUUCUCAUAAGCUAAACAACUUUCACAAGUUUCCCCUCUUUCCUCACACAACUCUCCAAGAACUAAUUUCUCUGUUCCACAAUCCAAAUGCUUCGCAAUCUCCAUUGAAGAAUUUGUAUUCACCAACGAGUUCCUUACCCUUAUCCCUCUCUAUAUACUCUCACCAAUACUAAAUCAGUUUGACCACAGAAAUUCGAGUUCGGAAUUGUUGCGAUGGCAGAAGCUGUUGUGUCGACUGCUCUGGAAACCUUGCGCGAUUUGUUGGUGGAAGAAGCAAGGUUUUUCUACGGUGUGGGUGACCAAGUGAGGGAGCUCGAGAUCCAGCUCAAAGAGAUCAAGUGUCUCCUCGAAGAUGCUGACAGAAGACGACAUAAAAGCAAAACCAUUUUGAGUUGGAUCUCGGAGAUCAAAGAUCUUGUGUACGGAGCAGAAGCUGCCAUUGAAAGACACGCAGCUUAUCAAGUGUUGGCAAGGAGAAGACGAGGCAUCAGACAGCUUAUCAAGUCAAUCCACCAACUAGGCUCGGAGAUUUCACCGAUCAAAUCCCGUCUUGAAAGGAUAAACAAGGAAAUGUUAGAGAGUGGCAUAAAGAAGAGCAUCAUCAACAAUACAGAUGAAGGGGAAAGCUCGUCCGCCAACAACAGGGCAAGAAAGAGCUUCCCCGAAUUCGAGAUCGGAGAGUGUUUUGUGGGGAUGAAGGACGAGCUCAAGCAGCUUCUUCAUCUCCUAGUGGAAGACGAAAAGCAUCGAGUAAUUUCAGUGUGGGGAAUGGGGGGAUCAGGCAAGACCACCAUUGCCAAAAAGCUCUACAACGAGACAAGGACCAGCUUUGAUCUUUGCGCGUGGGUUUGCAUUAGUCAGCAAUGUCAGAGCUUUCAAUCAGUUUGGAAUGAUGUUCUCAUGCAGCUACAGCAUCAAAACACGAAGGAUGGGCCAAAAAUAAGGGGGGAUGUUACAAGUUUGAGCGAGUGGGAGUUGAAGGAGCGACUAUGCAAGAUACAAAGAGAGAAGCGAUGCCUCAUUGUUUUUGACGAUCUUUGGGAAACUACUCACUGGGAUGACUUCAAGCAUCCCUUCCUUGUCCAAGAUUUGCAGAGCAAAAUCUUGAUCACCACACGCGAACGGGAAGUCGCGGAGAUUGGAUGCCCUGUGAAACUUGGGUUUCUAAAAGAGGAAGAUGCUUUGGAACUACUCAAGAAGAAAGCAUUUCCCCACACCAUCAUUCCAGAAUUUGCAUUGGAAGAAAAUUUUGAGAAAAUUGGGAAAGAAAUGGUGCAGAAAUGUGGGUAUUUGCCAUUGGCAAUUUCUUUACUCGGUGGGGUCUUGAGAAAGAAAAAUUCGAUGAUGGAGUGGGAGUUAGUCAAAGAAAUCAUAUAUAGAGAUGAAAAGGAGAUUGAUGGAGUGCUAAAUUUAAGCUAUGAAAGUUUACCCUAUUAUUUGAAGCCUUGCUUUCUCUAUAUGGGUAUAUUUCAAGAGGACGAAACCAUAAAUCCUAAGGAUCUAUUUAGGAUGUGGAUAGCACAAGGGAUGAUUUCAUAUGAGAAUAUUGGAGACAAGGACAAAACUUUGAUUGAAAUCGCGAAGCUCUACUUGGGUGAGUUGGCCUCCAGAUCCAUCGUCCAAGUUGAAAUUGACGAUGCUGUCACACGUGAUAUAAUAUAUAGGAGCUGUAAACUUCAUGAUGUAGUAAGAGAACUAUGUUUGAAAUUGGGGAGAAGUGAGGAUUUUGGUGUGCAGUGUUUGGAGUAUCAAAGUGGGAAACUACAACAAGCUUCCUCGCAUAGGAAAAUACGGCAUUUGACUAUACAUCUCAGGAAAGAAGUUCAAGUGGAACAUGACGAGCUUACAGUCACUUGGGGAGAAGAUAGUAGCGAACAUUUAAGGUCUCUUCAAAUUUUCAAUCACAUAAAUUCGGGUGUUGUUGAGUUUCCUCCGCAAAGUAUCAUUGAUUUUCAAAAAUUCAAAUUGCUGAGAGAUCUUGUUGUGGUGGGAUUCAAAUUUACAGGAAGAAAGUUACCGAAAGGAAUCACUAAUUUUGUUCACCUUAGACGUCUGUAUUUAAAAAGAUGUGAAUUUGAUAAGCUACCAUCGUCCAUAAGGAAUUUGGUAUACAUGGAUACCCUUGAUUUAACUGAUUCGAUGAAUGUUGAAGUUCCAAAUGUUUUUAAGGAGAUGGUACGUUUAAAGCACUUGUUUCUUCCGGAGUAUGAGGAGGAAAAUAUUGGUAGUUAUCGAUUAACAUUGGACGAGGGAGUGGUUGAGUUGGAGAGUCUAGUGGGGUUGGAUAGUAGAGUCCAUGAAUUAAAAUGUAUGAAUAGAAUGAAGAAUCUCCGAUAUUUUUCAACAAGCAUACACGACAAUGAAAGCUUGUCAGCUAUCAUGAAUGCCAUUGCCACCAACUGGAACAAGUUAGUGUAUUGUAGGGUUGAAAUCAAAGAGGGUUGCGAGUUAGGAACAAAUGAGGGAGUGUUGAACAAGGCAUUCACUUGUCCCAAUCUUCAUUCCUUGUGGAUUGUAGUUAAGUUAGGCAAGACGCUGGCAGAGUGCGGGCGUGACUUCAUCAGCUCUAAACUAAGGAAUUUGGUGCUGUCAGAAUGUGAGAUUGAGGAUGAUCCAAUGGGGAUACUGGGGAAGCUUCCUUGCUUGAGAGAUUUGUAUUUAUUGAGGAAAUCAUUUGUGGGGGAGAAGAUGACGUGUCCAUCAAACAGUUUUCCUCGCCUCAAGAGGCUUCAUCUAUUGCAAUUACCGAACCUGAGAGAGUGGAGAGUGGAGGCAGGAGCCAUGCCCAUUCUCUCUGAGUUACAGAUAGAUGAGUGUUCUAGUCUGAAGAUGCUUCCAGAGGGAUUGAGUGGCAUUUCUACUCUUCGAGAACUGCAUAUCUAUGGAGAAUUGGGAAAGAGGGUAUCAGCAUCAGGAGAGGAUUUCCACAAAGUCUGCCAUGUCCCUUCAAUUAUCAUCCGAAACUACUAACCAGUCUAGUCUCCACCCAGGGUACUUUUCUCCCCCCUUCGAGCUAUAGUCUUGUUUCGCUUCUCUUUAAUUAUUUGCACUCUUUUCUCUCCAACUUUGUUUCUCUUUAAUCACUUAUUUUGAAAUAAAUGUGUAUACACUUCUUUUGUACGUGGCUAGCUCCAAGCCUGGUAUAUUUCAUUCUUUGUUUUAUCAUUCAGUUUGAUUUAUGGUUAUUAUAGUCUGGUGAUGGUUCUAGAUGGAUGAUGGAUUGAGAGGUAUUUCUACUAUUCAGAAACUGGAGAUCUAUGGAAUGUCGGAAUUGGGGAAGAGGGUAUUGCCAUCAGGAGAGGAUUCCCAGAAAGUCACCCAUGUCCCUUCAGUUAUCAUCCGAGACGAUGAUAGGUUUGGAUUUUGAAAAAGGAAUUUAGUAGCUGCUGCUCACUCUUUUAAUAUUUAAUUUUUGAUGAUUUUACUUGAUGAUCUUAUAAAUCAGAGCAACACUAUUUAUAGUGUACAAUGGAUGAAUCUAGAUUAGAGAAUAUGAGAUAUCCAAACUUAAUUAAAAACUCAA